AGGGGUGCCACGUUGCCACUUCUCUUCGGUGCCAAGCUACACAAUGCUGGUCUCUCUCUCUCUCUCUCUCUCUCUCUCUGCAAUCUUGCACGCUCUUGCAUACUCGUACUCCCGCACUACUCUAUAUCGACAUUAUCUCUGGCUCACUCUCUCUGUCUAGGUUUUCAGAUCCCCUGAGUUUCUAGAGAGAGAACUUUUCAGCUGAUUCAAAAAAGCAGAUUCAGAUCCUCCACUUUCGAACCAGAUAAUAAGUCGGAUCCGAUCCGCCCUCAAAACUCGCGGAUUUUCAACCAGAGAUCCGUAAUUUUUUGAAUAAUUUUCCAUUUUUAUUUCAAGAGAAACUUCUCUGUAUCUCUCUCUUUUAAGCUCUUUAUUAUGUUUUGAUUUCUCAGCUUUAUGAGCCUAGUAGAUUAAAGCUACUUCCUUAAUUAGAGAUCUGGCUUUGAAGGUCAGACUGGUCUAUUUAGAUGACAUGCAAUACCUGCAUAAGGAGUGUGAUUGCUCAAGGCGGAAUAUUUUCCAAAGCAAGGUCUCAGUUGAGCAAUAUCAGGAGGGAUUUACAUGCGGGUCUCCACCUAGGUUAUCCAUUAAAACUUAAGUUGGCAAUAAAUCUAAGUAUGAUGGUCGAUUCAGGCUCAACAGCAAAACGAGGACCUGUUGUUGAUGUGCUCGCAGAGAAAGAUGAUGAUGGCGGAUGUGUUAGUGGAGAGUGGAAAAGUGAAGACGGCAAACUGAGCUGCGGGUAUUCAAGUUUCAGGGGAAAGAGAGCAACCAUGGAGGAUUUUUAUGAUAUUAAACAUACUAAGAUUGAUGGGCAAACAGUCUGCAUGUUUGGAAUCUUUGAUGGUCAUGGUGGUUCCCAUGCUGCUGAGUAUUUGAAGGAGCACCUAUUUGAUAAUCUGAUGAAGCGUCCACAAUUCAUGGAAAAUCCCAAAUUGGCAAUAAGUGAAACAUAUCAACAGACUGAUGUGGACUUUUUGGACUCUGAAAAGGAUACAUAUCGUGAUGAUGGUUCUACUGCUUCAACAGCAGUAUUAGUUGGUAACCAUCUAUAUGUUGCCAAUGUUGGAGAUUCUCGAACUGUGAUAUCAAAAGCUGGAAAAGCAAUUCCUCUCUCUGAAGAUCAUAAACCAAACAGAAGUGAUGAAAGGAAGAGAAUUGAAAGUGCUGGGGGCGUUGUAAUGUGGGCAGGCACCUGGAGGGUUGGCGGUGUACUAGCUAUGUCACGUGCUUUUGGUAACCGAAUGUUGAAGCAAUUUGUUGUUGCAGAACCUGAGAUACAGGAUCAGAAAAUAGAUGAAGAAUUUGAAUUGCUUGUACUUGCAAGUGAUGGACUAUGGGAUGUGGUACCCAAUGAGGAUGCGGUUUCAAUUGCUCAAACAGAAGAAGAACCUGAGGCGGCAGCCAGAAAAUUAACAGAAGCUGCUUUUACGCGUGGCAGUGCAGACAACAUUACAUGCAUUGUGGUGAGAUUCCAUCAUGACAAGGCAGAUAAAGGCAAUGCCCAGAGUAAUUAGAAAUUGCUAUUUAUGUUAGCAUGUGUAGAUUUAUUGAUGCUUUACGCAAAUCUAGUUUUGCUAUCUGUGCAUGCAUGAUAGUUGAAUGUGCAUAUGGUGGAGUCCAUUUGUUUAUUCAUUGUUUAGUUUCUUAACAAGAGCAUGGACUUGGGUGCUCUCUUCUAUUCUAGAGCCUUCCAUACAGCUGUGUGUCUACUGCCUACCUUCCAGGCUUUAAUUUUCAUCUAAUAAAGGUAUUUCGUGCCUCUUUCCUUCA